GUCCUCCUGAAACACUACAGAUUACAUCACUAUCAAGGGCGAUCCUGGCAGCUGCCUUGUUUGUACACUGACUGCAUAUGCACUUUUAAAACAGAAGAAUAUGCGACUACGUGUUGUGUUGGCCCCUGAUAAUAUCAGGAGGUUGGAUAUUUUGGAAAAUCUCACUUCAGUUGAACACUUGAAAAUAAUUCUCCAAGAAAGGCUUGAAAUUAAGGAUGACUUUCUGAUUCAAUUUGAGGAUCCUGAGUUUGGAAAUGAACUCUGUAACUUGACUAAUAUAACAGAACUUCCACCAGAUAGAGCAGUGCUGAAGAUUCUACAAAAAGAACCUGAAGAAUCAGAUUUAGAGACCAUUUCCUCUUUAGACACUGCCAGUAUGUCCUCCCCAUCAAACAGCUCAAACCAGAGUUCCUCAUCUGUGACAGUCAGGCAGCGUGAGAAUUCACAUUGGCCCUCUGCUUUCUUGAUUCCUGAGUUUGCCUAUGAUGUAGAACUACGUCUUAACAAAGGGAAUGAGAAUUUUAAAGAAAAUGGAAUGCUGCUGACAUUACCGAGAGAAAUGAAAAUGGACAUCUUGGAUGGCAUAGCUCAAGCAAUUUUUUCAUUCAAAGCAUAUCCAAACAACCAAGAGUUGGAGUCAGUGGCUACUGCAUUGAUUGAGAAGCAUCCUUGUCUUAGGGAUCCAGGCUCAGGAACAGGCUAUCACAGCUGGACUAUGAGCAUCAAAUAUAAGAUUGGGAACUACCGCCAGAAACUACGAUCGGCUGGUUGCUCAGAAGUCACUGUAAACCGGAAAAGAGCGAAGGAGGAUUCCAGACGUUUGAAGAAAGCAAAGAGAUGUGAGGUGAAUUUCCUCCCAGACAACCCAGUUGGGCAGACACAUUAUUCUUUACAAAAGGAAAGAGAUGCACUACAGGAGGAAAUGAAAAGAAACAUCCCAACAUGA